CUCUGUCAGAGCUGUGUCGGUGGAAGCUUUGAGUAUCCUCUCAGUCGAGCCUCACUGGACUUUGGACCCGGGUCACCGUCGAGCACCUUAUUUUCAUCUCUGUCAACAUUUUUGUUUGCACACAGGGCUUCCAUUUCUUUUCUUUUCUUUUUUUUUUUUUCCAGAUUCGGAGCUGGGGACAAUUGCUGUCAGCUAACUUCCACAAUAGGUCGCUGCGUCGCCGGACUGCUGCAUAUGUUUGAUUUAUUUUUAUUUUACAUUUUUUUAGCUUAACACUUUGACUCCAGCCCUUCCAGCCGUGCCCAAUGCCGAGGAAUGGAUAGUGUGUCUGCUAAAGGCGGAAAGAUGGUCGAGAGUGAUGAGCAGCCGGAGAGGGAUAGCGGCGGUGGCGCAGCGAUGGCCGCGCUACAUCAGUGCGAACUGAUCCAGAAUAUGAUUGAUAUCUCCAUCUCCAGCUUACAGGGGCUACGCACCAAAUGCGCCGCCACCAACGACCUCACACAGCAGGAAAUACGAACUUUAGAGGUGAAGCUGAUGAAAUACAUCUGUAAACAGCUCCAGUGCAAGCAGAAAGUGCCAGAGACAGAGAGGCCCGAGGCCCUAGACAGCUAUCCACACUUGCGAGACUGGUUACGCACCAUCAACCUGCGACCAGAGCUCAUUGAGGCUGUGGAGGCAAAGCUGUCGCUGGAUACCUUACUGCAGAUGACAGGAGCUCAGGUGAGAGACACGAUGCGAAGACUUGGGUCCAGCUCAGAAGAAUGUGGCAGACUCGGUGCUGCCCUCUCUUGUCUAAAGAGUGCUACUGAAUCAGGAGGCGAACUAAGAGAUGACAGCAGUCUCUGGCUGUCUGAGCCCACCAGGAGGGACAGCGGCUCUCUGCUGACAGCGGACCAGCUAACCAACCUGGGGACCCCACUCCGCACACACAGCCCCUCGCCUCUAGCCCGCCCAUCCACCAUCCAGUCCACCCCAUCCACUCCCUGCGCAACCUUCCCCCACCCUCGCUCAGGCUCUGUGUCAGCGGCGCCCACGCCAGACGCACAUAGCGACAGCCCUCUCACAGAUCCAUUCCCUAUGUCCUUCGCCCGCGCAGCCCGCCUCCAUGGGCACAUUUCCACCCCACCUAUAACGCCUCCUUCAAAGAGGCGUCACCGGUUGAAGCCUCCCUGCACCCCUCCCCCGCCAUCCCGCAAGGUACUGCACCUGCUUCCCAACAUCACACUGACGCGCAGCAAAAGCCACGAGUCCCAGCUGGGCAACCGCAUCGAGGACCCUCCCACCAACAAGUGUGUUAAAAAGAACAAGUUGUUCCUGAACAUGCAAGUCAACGGUAACGGAUGUGAGGAUUCGCCUUCUCGCUACUCCGCCGUGUCUGCAAGGACACCCGGUGCCACCCCAGCUGCCAACACAGCACCUUACACCCUUCCUGGAACUCCCACACUGCUGGAGGAGCACAGCACAAUUAAGAAUAAUGUAGCAGUGCAUCGCAGCUCCCCACAAGCAAUAAGGAGGGAUAUAGGGCUUGCAGUCACGCACAGGUUUUCCACCAAAUCCUGGUUGUCCCAGACAUGUCAAGUGUGCCAGAAAAACAUGAUGUUUGGAGUUAAGUGCAAACACUGUCGAUUAAAGUGCCACAACAAAUGUACAAAGGAAGCUCCAUCCUGCAGAAUCUCCUUUCUACCAAUUGCCAAAAUUCGGAGGACCGAGUCAGUUCCCUCUGAUAUAAACAACCCAGUGGACCGGCCGCAGGAAGCACCGCAGUUUGGCACACUACCAAAGGCUAUUACGAAAAAGCAGGAUCAUCCACCAGUACUGAACCAGCUGGACUCCAGCAGCAACCCAUCCUCCACCACUUCAUCCACACCUUCCUCCCCAGCACCCUUCCAGCAGAGCAACCCCCCCAGUGCCACACCACCGCCCAACCCUUCACCCAAAGGUCAUCGAGACAGCCGAUUUAAUUUCCCGGCUGCCUGUUACUUUCAGCAUAGACAGCAAUUUAUCUUCCCAGAUGUUUCCAGUCCUGCAAAUUUCCACUCAGAUGUUCUUCAGGACAGAGUCAGUGAGAUAGAGCAAUCAUCAGACGACGUACAUGAUGAGCUGGUAGAAGAUGACGAUGAAGAGGAAGGGGAUGAGGAGGUCGAAGAUGAAGAUCACGAAGGGGAGGAGGACGACGAUGAGGAGGAUGAUGAGGACAAUGUGGAUGGAGGAGAAGAUGAGGACGACAGAGGGGAGAUCAGGAUGCACAUGGGCUCCGACGGCGAGUGCGACGAGCUGGAUGAUCUGCCCAACUCUCGGGGAAACCAGUGGAAGGGCCCCAUCUCCCGCAAGGCCAGUCAGACCAGCGUUUACCUGCAAGAGUGGGACAUCCCCUUUGAGCAGCUGGACCUUGGGGAGCUCAUAGGAAAGGGCCGCUGGGGAAAAGUGCACAAGGGCCGGUGGCACGGCGAGGUGGCCAUCCGGCUUCUUGAGAUCGAUGGGAACAAUCAGGACCACCUGAAGCUCUUUAAAAAGGAGGUGAUGAACUACAGACAGACCAGGCAUGAGAAUGUGGUCCUCUUUAUGGGAGCCUGCAUGGCUCCACCCCACCUGGCCAUUAUCACCAGUUUUUGUAAAGGGAGGACACUCUACUCAGUAGUUCGAGACACUAAAAACACUCUGGAUAUUAACAAGACAAGACAAAUUGCUCAGGAGAUUGUAAAGGGAAUGGGCUAUCUGCAUGCCAAAGGCAUUGUUCACAAAGACUUGAAGUCAAAGAACGUUUUUCAUGACACCAAUAAGGUUGUGAUCGCAGACUUUGGCCUGUUUGGGAUCUCUGGAGUUGUUCAGGAGGGAAGGCGUGAAAAUAAACUCAAACUUCCACAUGGCUGGAUUUGUUAUCUCGCACCAGAGAUUGUGCGCAGAAUGAGCCCAGGUAACAAUGAGGACCGCCUUCCUUUUUCCACCGCAGCAGAUGUGUACGCCUUUGGCACAAUUUGGUAUGAGCUUCAAGCUAGGGACUGGCCAAUCACUAACCAGCCUGUGGAAGCUACCAUCUGGCAGGUGGGGAGCGGAGAGGGCAUAAAGAAGAUUUUGGCAGAAAUCAGCCUGGGAAAGGAGGUCACUGAAAUCCUUUCUGCCUGCUGGGCGUACGACUUGAGAGAAAGGCCGACCUUUACGCAGCUGGCUGACAUGCUGGAGAAGCUACCCAAACUCAACCGCAGACUGUCCCACCCUGGACAUUUCUGGAAGUCUGCAGAGUUGUAGCCGUCACUCUGAAACAAAAGCAAUGCAAAACAAAGCCUGGGUCUGCCUUGCAUGCUCCUGAAUCCUUAACUCUUACAGGAUUGAUCAAAGCAUUGCCUCUGUCUGAAACAGGCGCCACUUCCACUAAUCCACAGUCCGAUCUUCCAUGUUAUUUCCUUGUUCGGAAGAGAGGAUCGUUGGACUGAGGUGUGACGGACAACCGUUGUCGCCCAUCACCCUAAAUCCCUUCAUUCCUCUAAAAACAAAACAAACAAAAAAAAUUAGCUCUUUGACUUCCUUCUGGUCUUCUCCUGUAAUGUCAGUCGAGACUCUGAGGCUUCUGACUAACUGGCUUGUGGUGUCUGUGCUGAGACUGACUGGUGUGCUGUGGUCUGUGCCUGCUGAUGGCUGCCCUAUCCUCGGCCCUGCUCAACUUCUCUGUGCUGCUGUGAUGUGGUUGUUCUUGCCUGGGGUGGUCCUGACCACAUGGCUCUCUUUCUAUCUAAAACACAAACACGCACGCACGCAAAUACACACUGCUGGACAAAAAAUGGACCUUAAUACCAAACACCCUGCUUCAUUUAUCUCUUCACUCCCUGGGUGGUGGUGGUGGAGGGUGUUUGACACAACUUUGACAUGCUGCUUGAGUGAUGAUCUUAAACCACCUGCCUCCUCCUUCUCAGUUUUUUUUUUAUUAUUAUUAUUUUUAUUUUUUUAAGGAUUGUAGGAUGGCAUGUCCUGAGAAGUAUAAAUCCAAUAUGCACUUUGUCAAAAUGGAAAAAAAAAAUCAUAGACUCUUCUUUUUUUGCUUCUUUUGUUUUGCGUAUGGUUUCUUUUGCAGUGUUUAUUUUUCCCUUGUGUUAGCUUAUUUGUCAUUUUUGGUCUGGUGAAUUCACUGUUUAUUUGAUGCGUUCCAAAAGGGGGCACUGAUAAAGACUUGCGUAUGCUAAACGAGCUGAAGUGGAAGACAAAAAAUGCAAACAGAAAACAAAGACUAUCUACACGAAAAUAGAAAACUACAGUCUAUUUCUUUCUGCAGACUUUUUCUUAGCAAUGCUCAUCUGCUGAAGUGUGAAGUGCACCUUAAAAGGAAGUUGCUUCGAGGAGCUGAGUGAUCGCAUUUUCUGUGCAACAAAAAAAAGAAAGAAAGAAAAGAGGGAAGGAGAAAUCAGGAAUCUGGUGCAAAAAGUGUCCUAUACCUUCCUUAAACAGUACCUCUUGUGCGUGCUUGUGUAUACUGUUUGUGAUUGCUGGCUUCAGCUGGUGUGCUUGUGGUUGUGUGUUGACUGAGUGAGUGUACUGUGUUGGAACAUGUAGGGUUGUUUUUGUUCUGUUUGAUUUUUUUUUUUUUUUUUUUUUUUUUGGGGGGGGGUGGUAUUUGUGAAAGACUACAGUAAAUGUUGUGUUGCAAAUCCAAUGGUAUGUAGUGUACUGUAUAUACAUUAUUUAAUGUACAGCAAAUUAAGACAAUUCUUCUAAUAUUUCUACAAACAUUUUAUAUGUAAAACACAUGACAACAUUUUUGAACUGGUACUGCUCUGGCUAUUACAGAUGUGUAUAUAUAUUUAUAUUUUUUUCAUGUACAGAAUGCUGUACAAAAGCUGUACAAUGUUUUGUUUUGUUUUUUAAGUAUUGGCCAAUCCGUGUUUUUGUUUUCUUUUUUUUAUGUUGUUGUAAAAAUUCAUAUUUUUGUAUUGCAUGUGAUUACCAUUCUGUACACGCAGUUUGUGUUUUCAUCCAUGGAAAACAAUAAAG